ACUCUCUCUUUCUCUCUCGCUCUCUCGCGCACACACACACACCUCUCUCGUACAAACGCACAAUAUAACCGCCUGGUUAACUUUAGUUUUUUUUCCUGGCCCCUUCGUAUCUAUAUUCUAGGGUUUCGUCGCUACAAUACAUAUUCACGCUCCUUGCAGAAAUUCCUGGUCUUGGUCUGCGUCAUCGGGCCUGCAAGCAAAUUUAGGGUUUUGAAUUGAAGUUUGGAGAUUGGCAUUCGAGUAAGUUUUGGUCUGGAUAUUUGUUUUGUUAUGGUAUUGUUGAUGAAUGGCGAUUGAGAAGAAUAGCUUUAAGGUAGCACGAUUCGACUCAGAGUUCCAAUCACCACACAGUCGGGACAAGGUUAUGACUAGCGACGAUGAUGAUGAAUUUCAGAAGCGCAACUCUACUUCGGCUGUCGAAUCUGAUGAUGACGAUGAUGAAUUUGAUGACUGUGAUUCUGGAGCAGGCUCUGAUGAUUUUGAUUUACUGGAGUUAGGCCAAUCUGGUGAGGAGUUUUGCCAAAUUGGUGAUCAAACCUGCAGCAUUCCUUAUGAAUUAUAUGACCUGUCAGGGUUAAAAGAUGUGCUGUCUAUGGAGGUUUGGAAUGAGGUUCUAAGUGAAGAGGAAAGGUUCAGUCUCUCCAAGUAUUUACCUGAUAUGGACCAGGAGAAUUACGUGCGUACACUUAAAGAGCUUUUCUCUGGUGACAAUUUACAUUUUGGGAGCCCAGUGGAUAAGUUAUUUGAGAUGUUGAAGGGAGGGAUGUCUGAGCCGAGAGUAGCACUCUAUAAGCAAGGUUUGGGUUUCUUCCAGAUAAGAGAACAUUAUCAUAGCUUGCGAAAGUAUCAGAAUACGAUGGUCAGCAACCUUUGCCAGAUGAGGGAUGCAUGGCAGAAUUGCAAAGGCUACAGUAUUGAGGAGAAGCUUAGAGUGUUCAACAUUGUGAAGAGUCAGAAGAGUUUGAUGAAUGAGAACAUGGAAGAAUUCCGGACUGAGUCAUCUGACAGAGAAGAGUCUACUGAUGCUCAUUGGAGCAAAAGGGUGAAGGAUCGGAAGCUUGGGCAGAAGACAGGUCGAUAUUCUGGCUACAGCAUUGGUCCACCUUCAGAUAUUUCUUCUCAAGGCAGGAAAAAUGGAAAGGAAUCAACUAAACCUGGGAAACGCAAUCCUAAAGGGACAUUGAAGUUGGUUGGGUCUAAGGCCAAUGCUAUGAAGGAGUUAUCUGAACCCUAUCCUUUGAAUCAUCCUGGAGUUGAAAUAAAGUCAGGACGAUAUAGUUUGGGCCUUCCUGUUUCUCGGUAUAGCAAAGAAUCAGUUAAUGAUUCUCCAGCUGCAAGGAUGGCUGACCAGAUUCAAGAGGAUGAUGAAGCAGACAAAGCUUAUGAAGUUACCAUGCAAAGAGAUCAAAAUUUAUCUCGAGCUGGGGUAAAUGAUAAGCCUGCUACGUCCAAAUGGAAAAAACAUGGAAGUCCUAGAACUGAAGACGAUAUGGAUGGUUUCAUGGGAAUCCCUAUUUCAGCAAGGAACAAUUUACAUGGUCUUGGCAGGAACAAGACCAUUAACAAAUUGUCUGAUAUCAAAGUCUUGACUACAAAGCCAUCCAAUAUGAGAAACAUGUAUGAUGGAGGAAAAAAAGGGAAGUAUGGCGAGAACCUUCAGCAAUUCACUGGUGACAGCCAGAUAAAAUUUGGUAAGGGUCAGAAGGCAAAUUUAUCCUUGAAAGGAAAGCAAAUAGAGCAUUUCGAUUCAAGUGAUCCAGCUUGGCUUGGUAAAUAUGGUGGACUAUUCCCUUCUGAUUUGUCUAGUAAAUCUAGUGAGUUGAACGCCAAAAAUAAAAAGGGGAAGAUGAGUAGGGAAACUGUUGAUCUCAGUACAAAUGAUAAAUUGUCGCAUGCAAAGCAGAGAGAUAUGUUUCAGGCUAGCUCUGGAAAUAGAGGAAUUAGGAGUCCUUCAAGAAAUGAAGACACCGAAUCAGACUCAUCAGAAUAUGUUGAUGAGGAUGAGGAUGACAAUCCUUUGAUGCGUAGCAAGUGGGCUUACCCUGGUGGUGUGCCGGAUGUGAAAUUUGGGCCAGAUACAAAGAAGGCUGAAGGUUCUAGAAGGAAAAAGAAGAAUAGCUAUCUAACCCUUGACGGAUCAUCACAGUUGUCGCGGAAGAUGGAUGAUUUUAGUGAAAACCUGGAGUUGAUGAAAGCAGAACAGAAAGGCAAGAUGCAUGAUGUUGGCUACUCCAAUAUUUUGCCCACGAAAGGCCUUGAUGACCACUUUUAUCCGGUACCAGGAGAAGUUAUUGGUGCUGAAGAUCGGCAACAUUUCUAUCCCUCAGGACUGAAUAGCCAUCUGGAAGGCAACAAUACUGACACUUACUAUUUGCCAUCACUGAAACCAUCACUUGCUGUGGGAAGGAGGCGGAAAGGAGAAGUGAGCCGUGAUUUUGCUCUCGCUCAACCUAAUUACAUGGAUAGCAACAAUUUUGAUGAUGACUUGUACUGGACACAACGACUUGCAGCAGAUAAUGGUGUUCCUUUUAAGUUAAGGAAAAAAGACCAGAUGGUGGAACUCUCAGGUGGCUAUCAUGUUGAACGAUCUGAUGUGCCAAUGAUUGAAUGCAGCAAUCUUUCGAGAAAGUGGAAAGUAAAGAAUGAAUCAGGAUACAUGGACUUACAAAAUGAUAAUGAAUAUCACUGUGCUGAAGCCGAGCUGCAGCUGGAUGACAUAAGUUCCGUAAGGAAACGAGGUAAAAGGAGGUUGGAGGAUGCUUCUAAUGUUCUAGAGAAUGGUGUUUCUCAAGCACCUAUUGUUGAAAAGGGCAUGGAUGAUGUUGAGAUAGAAACUAAGAGACAGAAAAAGUCAUUUCCUUUAAUUACACCUACUGUUCAUACUGGCUUCUCAUUCUCCAUUAUUCAUCUUCUCUCUGCGGUCCGUAUGGCAAUGAUCACUCCGCUUCCAGAUGAUUCCUUAGAGGUUGCAAAGCAUCCCACUGUGACUGAUUCUUCACAGGGGGUCAAGGAGGAGCAAACCAGUAAGCAGGAAGAUGCAAAGAAUGGUAAUUCAAACUCAGAUAUUCAAGCAAAUGCUUCUAUGUCAGCACAAGAACAUGUGCCUUCUCUCUCAAUUCUGGAAAUUGUUAACCGGGUUAGAUCAAACCCUGGUGAUCCUUGUAUUCUUGAGACACAGGAACCUCUUCAGGAUUUGGUGAGAGGUGUUCUUAAAAUAUUUUCAUCCAGAACAGCACCCCUGGGAGCAAAAGGGUGGAAACCACUGGUAUUGUAUGAAAAAUCUUCUAAAAGUUGGUCGUGGGUUGGUCCUGUGUCUCAUAAUUUAUCCGACUCUGAGGUUGUUGAAGAGGUGACGUCUCCUGAUGUGUGGGGUCUUCCUCAUAAAAUGCUCGUCAAGUUGGUUGAUUCCUUUGCUAAUUGGCUAAAGAAUAGUCAGGAAACCCUUCUGCAGAUAGGAAGUCUUCCAGCUCCGCCAUUGACAUUGACGCAAGUGAAUUUAGAUGAAAGAGAAAGGUUCAAGGAUCUGAGAGCUCAGAAGAGCCUAAGUACCAUCGGCCAGAGUUCUGAAGAAGUAAGAGAAUAUUUCCGUAAGGAAGAAUACCUCAGGUAUCUAAUACCAGACAGGGCCUUUUCUUAUACAGCUAUUGAUGGUAAAAAAUCGAUAGUUGCCCCUUUAAGGAGGUGUGGUGGCAAGCCGACAUCAAAAGCACGGGACCAUUUUAUGCUAAAACGGAAUCGACCACCGCAUGUUACCAUCCUUUGUCUUGUGAGGGAUGCAGCAGCACGAUUGCCUGGAAGUAUUGGAACCAGAGCUGAUGUGUGUACAUUGAUUAGAGAUUCACAGUUCAUAAUGGAAAAUGUCUCUGAUGCGCAAGUCAAUCAAGUGGUCAGUGGAGCAUUGGAUCGAUUGCAUUAUGAGCGUGAUCCGUGUGUUCAAUUUGACGGAGAGAGAAAACUAUGGGUUUACUUACAUCGUGAUAGAGAAGAAGAAGAUUUCGAGGAUGAUGGGACUUCAUCUACAAAGAAAUGGAGAAGGCAAAAGAAAGAAGCUGCUGAACCAUCCGAGCCAGGAGAUGUCACUGUUGCUUUCCCUGGACCCUUGGAGCAAUCGGGAUUUGAUCUGGGUUCUGAUCUCAAUGUUGAGGCCUCGGGUGUGGACGAGGAUAAAAGACAAGAGCCUGAUUAUCAAAAUGGUAAUGAUCAAGUCGAGGUUGUUGAAACUAGUCAUGGUUCUGACCAGGGCAUGCAUCCUGGUUCGACACCAAUGACUUGGAAUGGUUUUGAAUUAAGAACAUCAGAAGAAAAUAGGCUCCUUUGCCAAGAGAAUUCUACGAAUGAAGAGUUUGAUGAAGAUGCAUAUGGUGGUGGUGAGCCGCCUGCAUGAUCGUGGAUUGAUCAAUCUCUGUGCAUUGUUUAUGAGGCUAUGGUGAAGUCUCUGGUAGCCAUUGAUGUGUUUUCAGCUCACAGAAGCAUAUGACAUUAUGAAUAUAGUUGUCAAAUAUUGUGAAACACUGGACUCUGUUUAAUCCAAAGAAUAUAUUCAGUGCAGACUGCAGAUGUAUUUAAUUUUUUCUUUUCUACCUUUGAUAUUUCUCUAUUUCUGCUUAUAGUCUAUAAGUUUGUACUAAUUUUUUCGAACAGAGCAGAGCAGAGCCAAAAAAUUUAUUUAGCUCAUAUUCUGGAAUUCUGUAAUUGGUAUGGACAUGUUAUAUUCUUUGUUUCCUUGUGAGGAUUGCAUAUGAUUUUUCAAGAAUUAGU